CACCAAGUCUGCUCCCCCUGUCUGGUGCAGCACCCCAGGGAGAUUAGUAUACUGUUCUGCAGUCUCUUCAACUAGCUUCAGAGAUGGUCGCAUUUGGUGAAUCGGGGAAGCUCUCGGAAUUCAAGAACCUCACCCUCAUCGGGAAAGGAUCGUUUGGGAAAGUUUAUCGAGCUGUUCGUCUGUCGGACAAUAUCGAGUAUGCCCUCAAAGAGCUGGACAUGCGCCCAAUGCAACAGCGAGAGAGAGAAGAUUGUGUUAACGAAGUUCGCAUCCUUGCCUCCAGUACAUGCAAUCCUUACAUUGUCCGUUAUUUCGAUGCCUUCAUGGAAGGCGAAAGCCUCUGGAUUGUCACUGAAUUGGCAAGAGGAGGCGACAUGGACGCCAAAGUCAAGCGGCAUCAAAAGCGUGGGGAGUACAUGCCUGAAGAUAUGAUCUGGAACUUCUUCAUUCAGAUUUGUCAGGGUUUGAAACAUCUGCACUCAGCCAAUAUUUUGCACCGGGACAUCAAAGCUCCCAACAUCUUCAUCACAGGUCCGCGAUCGGUGAAAAUUGGCGACAUGGGUGUGGCCAAGUGCACGAGGAGCGGCAUGGCGCGGACGCAGAUUGGAACGCCUUACUACAUGUCCCCUGAGCUAUGGAGAAACCUUCCAUACGAUCAGAAGAGCGACAUCUGGUCGCUGGGGGUGCUCAUCUACGAGUUUGCUGCCCUCAAGCAUCCGUUCCAAGCACAGAACGAGCGGCAGCUGUACGAGCGAGUGAUGCGAGGUGCCUACCCUCCCAUCCCUCGAUGCUACAGCCCGGAACUAGCGAAUGUGAUCAGAAU